GGGUCCGUGAAGUCCUCUAUAAAAGCCUUAACCUCCUCGCUGCCAUUUGCAACAAUAUUGUAAUAGUUGAUAUAUAUUAAUUAAGAUGGGGCUGUUCCUUCAGCUGUUGACGGUGUUAGUGAUAACGGUUUCGCUGCAAGGAUGGCUGCCUCUUGGCUACUUGGAGGAAGAGAGGAUCGCUCUCUUGCACCUCAAAGAUUCUCUUAACUAUCCCAAUGGCACCUCCCUUCCCUCCUGGAUCAAAGCUGACGCCCACUGUUGUGAUUGGGAAGGUAUUCGCUGCAGCAGCAGCACAGGUCGAGUCACCGGGCUCGGUCUUGACGGCGUGAGGAACGAGGAGCUGGGGGAUUGGUACCUAAACGCCUCCUUGUUUCUUCCUUUCCAACAUCUCAAUGUUCUCAUCUUGUACGGUAAUCGUAUAGCUGGUUGGGUUGGGAAGAAAGGUGGUUACGAGUUACAGAAACUUAGCAAUUUGGAGAUCCUUGACUUGGGAGAUAAUAGCUUCAAUAACAGUAUUCUGUCAUAUGUGGAGGGGCUUCCGUCUCUUAAAACACUAUAUUUAGGUUAUAAUAGACUGGAGGGGUCAAUAGACUUGAAAGAAUCUCUGAGCAGCUUGGAGACCUUGGGUCUGAGCGGCAACAAUAUCAACAAGUUGGCAGCCUCAAGAGGUCCAAGCAACUUGAGUACUCUAUGGCUAGCAAAUAUCACAACCUAUGGAAGUGACUUCCAGUUAUUGCAAUCAUUACGAGCAUUCUCAAACCUCACAACACUUCACCUGUACUCUAAUGAUUUUAGAGGAAGAAAAUUAAGUGACGAGUUGCAAAAUUUAAAUUCAUUGGAAAGUUUGUAUCUGGAUGGUUGUUCUCUAGAUGAACACUCCCUUCAAAGCCUUGGAGAAGCACUGCCUUCUCUACAAUAUCUGUCAUUGCGAGAACUUAAUGGCACUGUAUCUUAUACAGGAUCAUUCCCAAACCUCACGGCACUUCACCUGGAAGACAAUGAUUUUAGAGGAAGAAUAUUAGGGUUCCAUAAUUUAAGCUCAUUGGAAGAGCUGUAUCUGGACCGCUGUUCUCUGGAUGAACACUCCCUUCAAAGCCUUGGAGGAGCACUGCCUUCUCUAAAAAAUCUAUCAUUGUCUGCUCUCAGAAGCACUGUAUCUCUUAAAGGCUUUCUUCAUCUCAGGAACUUGAAAUACUUGGAUUUGAGCUACAAUACUCUCAACAAUAGCAUUUUUCAAAAUAUCGGCCUAUGUGACUUAAAUAAUCUCCAAGUGCUAUAUAUAGAGGGCAAUGAUCUCAGUGGCUUCUUGCCUCCGUGUCUCGCAAAUUUGACUUUCCUUCAACGACUAGAUCUCUCUUCCAAUCACUUGAAGAUCCCAAUAUCAUUGAGCCUAUUAUACAACCUUUCAAAACUCAAGUAUUUUGAUGGAUCAGGUAAUGAAAUAUACUCAGAAGAAGAUGAUCAUCUGAGCCCAAAGUUCCAGUUAGAGUCCCUUUAUUUGAGCAGUCGUGGACAAAAUGUAGGAGCAUUUCCCAAGUUCCUUUACCACCAAGUGAACCUGCAAUCUUUGGAUCUUACAAACAUCCAAAUAAAAGGAGAGUUUCCAAAUUGGUUGAUUGAGAACAACACAUACCUACAAGGACUUUCUUUAGAAAACUGUUCUCUUUCGGGUCCAUUCUUGUUGCCAAAGAAUUCUCAUGUGAAUUUGUCAUUCCUAAGUAUAUCCAUGAAUCACUUCCAAGGCCAAAUCCCUUCAGAAAUCGGAGCUCGUUUGCCAGGGUUAGAAGUUUUAUACAUGUCUGACAAUGGUUUUAAUGGAAGCAUUCCUUUCUCAUUGGAUAACAUUAGCUCCCUGCAAGCGUUCGACCUGUCAAACAACAGUUUGCAAGGGCAAAUCCCUGGAUGGAUAUGGAAUAUGUCUUCUCUUGAAUUCUUGGACUUAUCAAGGAACAAUUUCUCUGGUCGUUUACCACCUAGAUUCGGCACUUCUUCAAAUUUAAGAUAUGUUUAUUUGUCUAGAAAUAAGUUGCAAGGGCCGAUCACAAUGGCAUUUUAUAACUCCUCUAAGAUACUCGUAUUAGAUCUUUCCCAUAAUGAUUUAACUGGUAGAAUUCCAGAAUGGAUUGACAAGUUAUAUAACUUGAGAUUUCUACUCUUGAGUUAUAAUAAUCUUGAAGGUGAAAUCCCAAUUCAAUUGUCCAGGUUGGACCAAUUAACCUUGAUUGAUCUUUCUCACAACCACCUUUCUGGUAACAUCCUCUUCUGGAUUAUAUCUACCCAUCCUUUCCCUCUACAAUACAAUUCUUAUAAUGAUGAAUCCUCAUCACACCAAUCUUUUGAGUUUACAAUGAAGAAUGUAUCCCUUUCUUAUAGAGGAAGCAUUAUCCAGUACUUAACAGGAAUUGAUUUCUCGUGCAACAAUUUCACAGGAGAAAUUCCUCCUGAAAUUGGAAACCUCAACAAGAUCAAGGCGUUGAACCUUUCACACAACAGUUUGACUGGACCAAUUCCACCAACAUUUUCAAACUUAAAGGAAAUAGAGAGCUUGGAUCUUUCCUACAAUAAAUUGGAUGGAGAAAUCCCAUCUCGACUUACUGAACUAUUUUUUCUAGAAGUGUUUAGUGUGGCUCACAAUAAUUUGUCUGGUAAGACUCCUGCGAGAGUUGCACAGUUUGCCACGUUUGAUGAGAGGUGCUACAAGGACAACCCUUUUCUUUGUGGAGAACCGCUACCCAAAAUAUGUGGUGCGACUGUGCCACCAUCACCAACGCCAACUUCAACGAACAAUGAAGAUAAUGAUGGCUUCAUGGAUAUGGAGGUUUUCUAUGUGACCUUUUGGGUUGUAUAUAUCAUGGUGCUGCUGGUAAUCGGUGCAAUUCUAUACAUAAAUCCAUAUUGGCGACAAGCUUGGUUUCAUUUUAUUGAGGCACCAAGCCAUGACCUCAACACAAUUUCAUCUCGUUUCCCAGGCAUCUUCUUGAUUAAGUCCCAAGCUUCGUCCAGAAGUCCUGCACGCGCACAAAGAUCAACCAUGCAAGAAUAUGCUUGACUUUUGGGACCAAUCCAAAUGACAAUUUCAUUGAUUCAAACAAUUGGCGACCCUCAUCAACCAAUCCGGCAUGCACACAUGCAGAAAGGACUCCUAUGAAGGUGAUGUCAUUAGGCUGAACAGUGCCAUUAUCCUUUGACAUGCGUCUGAAUAAUGAUAAUGCUUCCAGGGCCUCCCAUGGAAAGCAAAAGCAGAAAUCAUGGCAUUCCAUGAGACCUCAUUUUUAUGAGGCAUACUCUCAAAAACUCUGAGUGCAUCAUCCGAGCUCCCAUAUUUUGCAUACAUAUCAAUUAAUUCACUCGCAACAUAGACAUCCUGCUGUAAACCUCUUUCUGAUGCAUGUGUCUCAACCCAUUUCCCCAAAUCAAGGGCCCUUAUUGUGGAACAUGCAGACAAUACUUCAAUCAUUGUGACUUUAUUUGGAUUAGGACCUGCCUCUCUCAUUCCAUUGAAUAGCACAAUUGCUUCAUUGGAAGCUCCAUUCUGUGCACACAUAUGAAGUGAUAGUUGAACAAAAAAAAAUCAUAUUAACUUGAAACGUAUUUACAAAUUUCAUAUAUUUCCAUUUGCAUUGUUUUAUCAGAGAUAAAAGCUUUUCAGUUAGGGUUUGAUGAUGUUCUUUUUGGGUUUGAAAGUUGAGGUUGGAAAGAGGGAGGUGGUAGGGGGGUAGAAAAGAGGUAGGUCUUGUCCUGUACUGUCUUCGGACACAACAGGCAUUGCAUAGAUAGUUACCAUCAUCGUUUUGAUUAAAAAAAGGGUUUUUUCUUGCAA